AUGGACGAGACUCAAACAGAACGGCUAAUAAAAAUAAUAUCAGAAUCAUUACGUGAUGAAGAAGCAAAGUCGACGACUACAGCUACGACGACCACGUUGAAACUAGGGAAUAAAGGAAUUCGAGAGAUGCCAGUGGAAGUCAUUGAAUUGAUUAAUACUCAUGGCAUUGAAAGACUAGGGCUUGAACAAAAUCACCUAACCAGUUUGCCACAUGAAAUUUGUAAAUUAUCGAAACUACGGUAUCUUGAUCUUAAUUCCAAUGAGUUUAAAACGUUUCCUGUGGUUCUUUGUAAUAUGCAAAAUUUAGAAGUGUUGGAUCUGAGUAAAAAUCAGAUUCGAAAGUUUCCCAAAGAUUUUGGAAACCUGAUCUCGUUAACGGCACUAAAAAUCUCCAGAAACCGAAUAAGAAAACUCCCGACCUAUAUUGGCGACAUGAAAAAUCUGCAAUAUCUAAGAGUGGAGAACAACCAACUACAUUUUCCACCAAGAACGUACAUUCAGAUGCCAAAAAGCAAUGAUAAAGUUGUGUUACGAAAAUGGUUGCUUAACUUAAAAGAGUUUUUGAGGCAAUGUCAGAUGGAUCAAAAUGUUGAUCGAAAUGAUAUUGAAUUUGAGACGAGCGAUAGUAGCGACGAUGAUUUUUUGACACAAGGAGUAGGAGGUAGCGGCAACGGGGAAAUAUCUAAUAAUUCAUUGAAUACUAUCAAUGAGAAUGAGCAAGUGAUACAAAGACACGAGCGAAGACGUGGUGGUGGCGGAGGAAAUGGUGUGGGCGGAGGACCCUCAAAUCUGAUUCUUGAUUCACCUCGACGUGAUAGGAGUCUUAGUAAUGAUACUUAUGAUCCGACGACAAUGGGGUAUCGAUUACGAUGUCAUCAUGCCAAAAGUUUUUCACAGGAUUCUAUUAAUUCUUUGAGUAGUCUGAAUGAGGAUCGUAUCAAUGGCGGAGAUGGUUAUUUCCAAAGAAUUCGAACAUUACCUUCUACAGAAUAUCUUCAACCAAAUGACAUUUCAUUAAGAGAAGCAAGUCGAAGUAUUCUAUAUUCAUUAUCACAAAUACUCAAAGGAAUCGGUCAAUUUACGAGUUUCACUGCAACCGAAAAACUAUUCACCAAAGAAUUGCGUAACGCGACAAAAUUCAAUGAUCAAUUAGUUGUCGCAUUAGAACAGUUUGAUAGUGAUUCAUUGACAAAAAGACCUGAUGGGGAUACAUGUGCGAAAUUAUUGAAAUCAUGUCAAUCGAAUAUUUCGGUAUUUCGUAGUUUGAUAAGUGCACUUCAACAUCAACUACGUAACAUCACUCAGUCAUCUGAUAAUAUUCGUUAUUCGCGUACUCUACUGUUGAUGCUUCAUGGAGCAAUUGCGGAAAUAAAAUUUGCGUGGGAGACAAUUUCACCCUUGUUAAAAGAUUACACGCCUUAUAGUAAUACGUCUACACCAUUUAGAUUGAGAUCAAUGUCUCGUUCAAAUAGCAAUGCUAGUAUUGGUGUGGGCAGUGGCGUACAACCUCCUUAUUCAACAGGUAUUACUCCAACUAAUCCAUUAUCAUUGGCAUUAGCUUCUGUACCCUCGACACCUUACUCCUCGUCAAUUAUACACGGUGCCGAUUCAUCAAUUUCUUCUGUGUCUACUUCUGCGACUUUCGUUCCCGUUAUCUUCAAUGAACAAUUAAUGAACAAAGUAGAAACUUCUAUUUCCUGUGUUGAACACGUGUUUAAAUACCUAAUGGAAACAGUUGAACAAGCGCAAAAUACCACUUUUGAUGAUCAACCAGAAAUACGAAGUAAAAUCAAAAAUCUGGAAUUACACAUAAAAUCUAGUAAAGAAGUGACGAUUCAUCUGAAAAAAUCGUUACAAUCGACCAGAUCAACACCAACAUCGUUAAUCGAACAUGUCAUACACGUUAAAUUAUAUGAUGAGACUAUGGCGUUUAUACAGAAAACCGUCGAAAUGAUGAGCCUUGUGAAAGACGUGAUGGAAGGAUACACGAUACUACAUGAACAAGAAGUUCGACACGGAUUAAGACAAGUUAGUAAAUCGAAUAAAGAGCUAUUAAGUCAGAUGGAACAUGAUCAUGUUAAUCAGAAAAAUUUUAAUGAGAAUAAUGGUAAUACGGAAGAAGCUGAGGAAGAAUCAGGGAAUAAUAUAGAUAUAGAUGAUGAUGGCGAUGGCGAUGGUGAUAGAAGAGAAGAAUUCGCGGUGGCGAUUUAG